AGAAUACAACAUAGCCAUCUUGUCAAGAGUGGCAGAGUGAGGGUGGUAACUGUAGGCGCUCUUUAGCUUCUCGUUUGCCUUAAACAGUGACACUCAUGAGGGUUUUCUUACCUUAACCGGAGGUCGCUUCCUGCUCAGCGUUGCAACCGAGUGACUUGGCGCCGGUAAAGUGAGUGCACACUUUCAAGAAGAUGUCUCUCAUACUUGUUCCGACGUAGGGGGAGUGUGCGGCGGCAGCAGCAGCAGCAGCCAGUUGGCUUGACUCGCUAGCUUGCUCGCUGAGUGGAGGGCUACGGGCCCUCCUCAGCCUGAAGUAGCUCCUGUAGCGGUGCAACCACACUCUGCGACAACGGCUGUUACACAACUGUACAGGCGGGAGACUCGUCGGAACUCUGACUUGUCGGAACUCCGGGUCGCGGUUUGUGUCACUCCAAAGUCGCCGUGUCGUCAAUCGCAUCCGGAGACCGAGAGACCGCUAAGGGAUGGCGCAGAUUCACCUCGUUUACAGUUAACACGGCGGAGUACAGCAGAUGCAAGUGUGCUGUUUAGUACAGGCCAACGUUUCGUGGGCUGCGACUUGCUUGCCCCAAUCUCGCGGGGAAUAAGCCGACUCGAGGUGAGGAUCCGACUGCCAACAUGUCGAAAAUGCCGGCCAAGAAAAAGAGCUGUUUUCAGAUCACGAGUGUGACUCAGGCCCAGGUGGCUGCUAUAGGAGCCACGGACGACACGGAGAGCCUAGAAGACCCGGACGAGUCCCGCACAGAGGAUGUGUCGUCAGAAAUGUAUGACAUGUCACGGGCUGAAUACGAGCCAGCGUGUGACAGGAGUUCAUCCGAAGAAGCCCUGAACAAUGCUGGAGAACCAGAGGCGACAGGAGUCAUGGCACCAUCGCACAUACCUCACUUUACAGUGCUGUCAGUCAAUCCCUUGGGGGAGUUCCGGAAACCGGGAGUGUCCGGCUCAAUUCAAGGCGGCCAGCAGCAACCAGCAGGGAUUGGCGGUACAGCUGCCUCUCCCCAAGUCGCUCAGCCUGGGGCGACUCAGCAACAAGCGGCCCCGCUGACCUCCAGUCCCGGGCCCGUCAUCGUGUCCAUCAAUGUAUCUCAACCUGCUACAGUACCCAGUCCGGGUCCUCCCCCUGCCACCUCCACAGUGAGUUGUACUUCUCGCUUCCGGGUCAUCAAACUUGACCACGGUACUGGGGAACCCUUUCGAAGAGGUCGGUGGAUGUGUACAGAGUUUUAUGAGAAAGAGUCGGAAGGUUCUGUAGGUAAUCGAACUGUAGACAGCGCUAGACAUGUCGGUGCAACACUGGAUAACGCUGCAGACAGAGACAGUGGGCUGGGACUGACUGGUGGCUCUGUGGUUGCCCUGGCAACACACUCAGCUCAAGCCUCGGGCUCCUCAGCGGAUGUUGCUCUUUCCUCAUCUCGCAUGCAUCCACUGGAGACGUCGGUGCAGCAAAACGUCAUCACCCGGCAGCAUGCUGUCAGCGGGUCCGGGCUCCAGAUUGCGCUCUCCGGCAGCAAGCCCACAUCUGUGCCCAUACAGCUUCAGGCUCAGCCUGUAGUGGUGAGUGUCCAGCCCACUGCUCCUCACAGCGUUGGGCAGAAUGGAUUGCCUCAGUCUGUUGUCCACAUGCAGAAGUCCCCGGUCUUGCCUCCAUCAGCCCAGACCCAAACGUACCCACUCCAGCAGCAACAGCAGCUUCCGAUGGGGCACCAUCUGACUGGCCAGAACCAGACAGAGUACUAUCAACAGCAGUCUGGACUUUCAACUGGCCAUUCACUGUCGGUGUCUGCGGGGCCACAGACAGUUGGACAAGCAACCUCUCCUGCUAUGCCUCCAGCCUCCGGUCAGCUUGGAGAUGUUGCUGUCGGUGGAUCUAUACUUUCUGGACAGACGGCUCCGAGCCAGACUGCAGGAAUGGGAAGUCUCGGGGGUUCCAUGCUGGUUGGAGGAUCCACUUUGCAGCAGCAGUCUGCCAGUCAGUAUGCUGCCACUGGACACACCAAGCCCCACAGCCUCCACCCUGCAUCCUCUGGUGUUCAAAAUGUGCCUGCCAUCGCAGUGAGCUCCAGUGUGCCCCCUACGGUGCCUACUGCUGUGCCCUGUGCCUCCAGUGCAGCCAUGCCAAAGGUGACAACCUCCAGUUUGCCUCCAGGUCAGGUGACCCAGCGCACGACUGCAGGGGCAUUGGGACCUCAGAGCCUCCUUGCAGCUGGAUUUGGACAGGUGGAGGGCGGCGGCGGUGUGAGGAAGUCUGACGGUGUUGUCAACGCAACGUUGUCUGGGAAGGAUCUGGUGAAGCCCCUCAUGCCUGAGAGCCUGCAGCUCGCUGCUCCAACCGUCAACAGCCUGUUUGGAAUCCACAUACCUGUCGAUGGGGAUGAGGACAGGAACCCCUCCAAGGCUUUCUACCAGGCCUUCCAGUCUGGCAGCAGAUUAAGGGACUCAAAGGCCCACAGUGAUAGUGCCUCUGGAACCAAUGUUGUUGCCAUUGAUAAUAAAAUAGAACAGGCAAUGGACCUGGUGAAAAGCCAUCUGAUGUACGCCGUGCGCGAGGAGGUGGAGGUCUUAAAGGAACAGAUCAAGGAGCUCUACGAGAGGAACUCUGUGCUAGAGCGAGAGAACGCCGUCUUGAAAUCUCUGGCCAACAGCGAGCAGCUCUCGCAGCUUCCUGCUCAGCCAGCCGGCGGCUCGGGCGGCCCGCCGCCGCCGCCGCCGCCACCACAGCCACCUUCGCAACUACCACAGCAGCAGCAACAACAGCAACAGCAAGGACUCAGCCAGCCCCCGCCGCCUACCGGGCUCCCGCCUCCAGCGCAGCCUCAGCUUCAGCACCAUCCGAAGGCCCCGCAGACGCAGCAGACUCCUCACCCUCAGCUCGACCCAAGCCAACAGCAACCCAGCGUCACCUCAGCUUGAACCCUCUCACGGACGCAGACGAGGAGAAGAUUAUUACAAUUAGUGUAUGUGAAAUUUACAGAGAAAAAAAAAACAAAACAAGAAGUUUAACUUUUUUGUCCUCUUAGCCACCAGCUUGACCACAAAGUGCAGUGCUUGUAUGUGCAUGUGUGACUGGUCUUGUGUGAAUGUGUGUGUGCGUGCAUCUGUACUGUGGGCCUUUCCAGUGUUAAUGCAAUCAUCAGGAGAGAGUAUCGGGCUGUGUCUGCGUGUGUAUGCAGAGUAUCAGGGAUCUCGGGGCGGGGGGGUUUCUUUCUUUCUUUUUUUUUUUUUUUUCUUUUUUUUUUUUUUAAAAGCCAGCUUGUUUCCCCCACACCCCCUACGUGCGGAUGAUCCAAGCCGUCACAUUGGUCGCUUGGAUAAGACAGAUGGAGGAGAGGAUAAAGGGAGGGGUUUCACCUCACAUUAAGGGACAAACGAUUGUCAAGAAACAAAAAAAAAGAGUGUUUUUUUUUUUUUUUUAAUGGGCGAAAGGAGGUAUUUUACCCUUACGAAGAAAAGACGUCUGCUUUGUGGAGCGCCACCUCUGCCGUUACUUGUCCAUCGACCCUUGCAUCAGUCUUGAGUUCUGCUGUCAAUAGUUUUAUUUAUUAUAGGGCUGCUAUAAUUCCUAAAAUUAGAUGAAACCCAUUCUCACAGUAGCCCUUUUUUUAGUGUUUGAAAUCAUGCCUGUGAAUAUUCGCAUUCAUCCAGGUCAUUGUAUUCUAAGGGAAUUCCAUUCAUAGCAACUGGACUGUUUAGGUUGUCUUAGAAGACGCUUCGCCUCAUCCAAACAGGCUUCAUUAUGCAGAGAGACUAGAUAGGACAGCUAUCUUAGUGUGCAAGAUGGCAGACUAAACAACGUAUUUCUACAAGAUAUUUAUCUUGUCUGCAAGAUAGAACUAGAGCUGUCCUAUCUAGUUCGACUGGUGUGUGGUCAACCUAGUCUUUGAGCAUGAACCAAACUAGAUUUGUCCCAUCUAGUCUCAAUGGUGUGCGUGUGUAUCCCUCCUAGUCUUUGAGCAUAGACAGUCUGAACAGUCCAGUUGGGAUCGACUGAAUUCCCUGAGAAUGUUUUGAAAUAAUAAUUGGCCAACCCUCCCGGGGGGGGCGCAAUGCUUUAGAUGUAGUUUAAAAGCACCACGGAAUUCUGACGUAUUUAACUGAAAUUGCCAAGACUCGGUAUGAAUGUAUGUUAUUAAAUCUUCUAAGCCUUGAUGGGUGAUUCUUCACCUGCUGACAUCACGUCGUUGGCUGAAAGUGAAAUUGGCAGUGCCGCACCUCCCCUACUCCCUUUUUAUGAGGGUGGGGUGGGGGGUGCGGAGGGAAAGCUGUGAAAUCCUUCAAUCUGCAUUGUUAACCAAAGAUGCAAAGCUGUGUAAUUUGAUCCAUUUUUUUUCUUUCUCCUUUUGUGACUCCCAUCACAAAAUAUUUUUUUUGUUGCCAUUCAGCAUGUUUUGUAACCUUCAAACCACUUUCUUACCUCAUUUUUAUUCAGCACUCUUAUUGUAAGACAGUCUGUGAACAGUGAAGGGGGGAGGGGAGGGGGUGGAAAAAGAAGAAUAAAAAAAAAAGCAGAGUUGGGCACCAGCAGUGAGAAAAAAAAAAAAUACCCGAGUGUUACUGACACUAGUCACAGAAAAUGAAGUGAGCCAUGUUUUGUUUGUUUAAAAUGGUGUUUGAAUUUCAUAUGCCAAUAGUUUUGUUACAUUGCAAAUUUUAUUGUAUUUAAAUAAAAGCAAUAUUCAAAUUCCGAAAAUGUGCUUGCAUUUAUUGGGAUCUUAGUAACCAGUUGCAAACGUACAGUUUAUGAACAGAAAAAAAACCCAUUGAACUUCAUUUGUAAUCUGAUUUGCAGCUAAAAUCACAUUUCUGGAGGAAAAUAUACAAAAACAAAAAGGUGACUGGUGCUAUUAAGAACACAAUUGUGCUGGCAACAUUACAAGUAACAAAAUUCUCCAUGUUUUGCGGGUUUUGUCCUUAAAUUGCAACAACCCAUUACUGAGGAACAAAGAGAGCUUUGUGUUCCAACUUUUCUGCAGUUCUUGAAGACUAAUCCACAACAACAAAUCUGCUGCCUUUACUCUGUGCUGUGGUGGUGCGCUGGUCUUUAAGGAUGCGGAAUCUCUCGUUCAGGGUCAUGGACGUCUGCUUUAAAAAAAGGACAAAAUUCCCAAUUAACUUAGAAAGUCUGGGGAAAAAAUGCAUCAUCCUACACACCGGUUUUCCAACACUGUUGAUGUCAAAUUGAAGAGGGACUCCUUUGGGUAUUUUCUUUUUUAGCGUUUCUGUGUUUUUGGCGGCUGGGAUGGCAGUCGGUGGGUGAAGAGUCCAAGCUGAAGGAGGCCUGUGGAGAGAAUCCAGGUCUAAGCCCCUUCUCCUGUGUGUGAAGUGUGCAGAGUUAUUCUUACUCAGGCUGAGUCAUGGCUGUGGGGUUGUCUAUGGAUACGGUCAGCAUGCCAUUGCUGCUUGUUGAUGUGCGCCACCUGGUGGAUAAACAGAUGUAUUAUCAGAU